AUGAGAUUGAUUGAAAAGGAUAUAAAAACCUUGUUUCAUCCCUCAUUUACUGAUCCCUCAUUUGAACAAAUCAAUUUCAAUCCGUUAAUGAUUUUCUAUCUUGCACUAGAACAAUGUACAAUUCCAUAUUGUAUGAGCAAUGACAAAUGCUAUACUGAUUACUGUCCUAUUGGUGUUGGUUGCUCACACACCCAAGUAGUUUGUAAUUCCAACAAUAAAUGCUUGAUUGAUGGAUGCCACCCUUCACUUGGAUGUACUACCACUCCAAAGAAUUGUAACGAUGCCAAUGCCAACACCCAUGAUUUGUGUAUUCCCAAUAUCGGUUGCCUCAACGUACCAUACUCCUGUGAUAACACUUCCAAUCCAUUGAGCUGUCCAAACUCAGAUCCAUGCGAGACCAAUUUUGUAGAGAAUGGAAAGUGUUGCUAUCACACCACUGUUUGUGACGAUGCCAAUCCAUGUACUUCCGACUCGUGUAGUUCAACUUUGGGUGGAUGCCAACAUCAACCAGUUACUUGCAAUGACAACAAUCCAUGUACAAUCGAUUCAUGCAAUGUCAAAGCCGGCUGUACCUACACUCCAAACACCUGUACUGACAACAAUGUAUGUACCAUCGAUUCAUGUAAUCCUUCCAAUGGUGAUUGCAUUCACACACCUAUCGACUGUAAUGAUAACAAUCCAAAUACAGUCGAUCAAUGUGAUCCAACUAUUGGAUGCAUUCACCAUCCUUUAAAUAGCUGUAAUGAUGGUAACCUCUGUACCAUCGAUACAUUGAAUACCGUCACUGGUGAGUGCCAAUAUACACCUAAAUUCUGUGGAGAUGAAACAUUCUGUAUCAAAUUCCCAUGUAACCCUGCCACUGGUUCUUGCGGUGUUGCCUACACCAACUGUAGCGAUGGAAAUCCAUGUACCUACGAUUUUUGUGAUUCUGGAACGAUGACUUGUUCCCACAAACCAAUUAAUUGUUUCGAUAACAACAGAUGCACCUUUGAUAGCUGUAAUCCAUCCAACGGACAAUCAUCUGUCUUCAACCAAUAA